CUGUAUUGAUCCCAUAAACAUUUCCUAUGAACAAAAAGGUACCAGUCCUGAAAUUAGGUUGAGGAAAAAGCAAGUUCUUAAUUUCAGUCCCUCGACCUUCCCAACAUGGCUUCCUCUAGGCACGUCGGGUAGGAGGGUCAAUACAUCACAAUGGUGACUAUCCCUGCACAAACCGGGAAGUGACAAAUCGGGAAAAGGCGUGCAGGGGAGACGAAAUUCAAUGUGCCCAAGCGAAAAUAAAUCUUAUAAAUAUUUACAUCUAGUUAAAAACGAUUGCGGUCUAAUACACAGUGACCUGACUACGAUGUUUUUUUUUUUUUUUGCUAUUAUAUAUGUUUAGUUCCUGUUAAAGAGUCCGGAAUGAAGGAACAACAACAUGACGCGUCGAACGACACGCCCCUCGUCUCCUAUUGGUCGUGCCGCAGCAGUUUUGGCGCCAUUCGUUAGCGGAAGUGAGCUAGGUCAACGUCUUGUCCGCCGGACGAGCGUCGUGUUUUUGUUUUUUUCUCUCAUUUUAGAGCCUUUGUUUUUGUUUUGAAAAAUUUCGCCCUCGAACCCCCCCCCCCCCCUCCACAACUUUGCUCAUCUCGACAGCCGCGAUGCGGGGCGAGGAGUCGUCCGAUUCGGAGUCCGGCCGCAUGGAGGAGAGCGUCGUGCGGAGGAGUUUGGAGACGCUCUGUCAAGAGCUCAACAUGGACGAGCAAACUGCCGUCGAGGCCAUGGACAACUUCACAGCCAUCUGGAACACGUACACGCUGGAGGGCGAGGUGGCGCACUGGCUGGCGUGCGCGCUCUACGCUGCCUGCAGGAAAGGGUCCACGCCCACGGUGGGCAAAGGCCUGAUGGAGGGGAACUGCGUGUCGCUCACCAGGAUCCUGCGCACCGCCAAACUUAGCCUGAUCGAGUUCUUCUCCAAGAUGCGCAAGUGGUCCGACAUGUCCAACCUGUGCGAGAACUUCCGCCUGCGCGUGGAGCGGCUGGAGCGCAACUUCGAGGUGUCCACCGUCAUCUUCCGCAAGUUCGAGCCCAUCUUCGCCGCCGUCUUCCGCAGCCCGUGGGGGACCGAGGCUCCGCCCCCGCCGUCGCGGCAGCCCCGAGGCAGGAAGUACCGCCGGCAGCCGUGUCAGGUCGCGGACGUCUUCAAGUUCUGCUGGACGCUCUUCGUCUACACCAAAGGUAACUUCCACAUGAUCGGCGACGACCUGGUGAACUCGUACCACCUGCUGCUGUGCUGCCUGGACCUGGUCUUCGGAAACGCGCUGAUGUGCGCCAACAGGAAGGAGCUCAUCAACCCCGCCUUCAUCGGCACGUCGGGCGACGAAGUCCAAGCGUGCGCCGACGAGGCGUCUCCGUGCGCGCUGGAGCGGUUGUGCGAGCUUCACGACGGCCUGGUGGUGGAAGCCAAAGGCAUCAAGCAGCACUACUUCAAACCUUACGUACACAAGCUCUUCCGCAGACAGAUCCUGAAGGGCAACGAGGACCUUAUGACUGAACUUUUGGAUCCUCACAACUUUAUUGACAACAACAAAGCGCUGAACCGCGAGUACGAGCAGUACGUGCUGACGGUGGGAGACUUUGACGAGCGCGUAUUCUUGGACGCCCACGCCGAUGAGGAAAUCGGGACGCCGAGGAAAAGUUUCCAGUGGUCCGGCGCGGGGACGGGACAGACCAGCGCUCAGAAGCAGCUGCAGCAUCACGUGGAAAAGUCGGCCACUCUGGCGCCGUCCACGCCCCUGACGGGCCGCGUGUACCUGAAGGAGAAGGACGCGGCGGCCACGCCCGUGUCGGCGGCCACGCAGAGCGUCAGCCGUCUUCAGAGCAUGCUGGCCGGCCUCAGGGCGGCGCCCGGCGAGGAGCUGCUGCGCAUCUUCAGGUCCUGCUCCAGAGACCCCACAGAGUCCAUCGCGAGUCGAGUGAAGAGCCUGGGCCUCACCUUCAAAAAACAUUACAGCGACGACUCGGAUGGCUCGUCGGGGUCGCACAUCGAUUUUGCCGAGCGUCGCCUGAAGCUGGCUGAGGUUCUGUUCUACAAAGUUCUGGAGAACAUCCUGAUGCAGGAAACCAAGAGGCUGCACGGAAAAGACAUGAGUGCUCUACUGGAGCAGGACAUCUUCCACUGCUCUCUUCUGGCGUGCUGCUUGGAAGUGGUUUUGUUCUCCUACAGCUCCCAGAGGACUUUCCCGUGGAUCAUCAACGUCUUCAAGCUGCCCCCCUUCUACUUCUUCAAGGUGAUCGAGGUGUUCAUCCGCGCCGAAGAAGGCCUGUCCAGAGACAUGGUGAAGCAUCUGAACCUGGUCGAGGAGCAGGUGCUCGAGACCCGCGCGUGGACCGCAGACUCUGCCCUGUGGGACGCCUUGGGGGCCGCCGGCAAUAAGGUGCCCACCGUGGAGGAGGUGAACUUCCCGUCCAGCCUGGACUCGGGCGCAACCGCUGCCGGCGGUCCCGCUCAGCCUCACCUGCCCCUGGUGGCGCUGUCACCCAUCAUGCACCCUCGCAUCCGGGAGGUCCGCUCUGGCGUGGGCACCGCUCGAAAAGAAGUUCCGCCUUCACCGCUGUCGGUACACGACUGCUACAGCUCUCCCGCCGCCGGCAGCGCCAAGCGACGUCUGUUCAGCGACGUCCCGCCGGCCGCGACGACGGCGACCGGCACCGCGGCGUCGCCCGCCAAACGCCUGACACUCGGCGCCGCCGGCACACUGAAGAUCGCGCCCCAGGGCCAGACCACCGUGCUCAGCAUACCGCUGCCAGGUGGCGGCGGCGGCGGCGCCGGCGGCGGCGAGCACACCAUCACGCUGAUCCCCGUGCGGCCGUGCGAUUCGUCGGCCGGCAUCACCGCUCAGUUCCUGUUGACGGCGUCGCCCACCCGCCCGGUUCCCAUUUCUGCGCCCGCCGACCCCCAGACGGGAAGCGGGCGGCCCCAACGCACCGGAUCUCUGGCGCUCUUCUUCAGGAAGGUGUACCACUUGGCCAGCGUGCGACUUCGCGAUCUGUGCGCCAGUCUUGACAUCUCGUCGGAGCUGCGCGCAAAGAUCUGGACGGGCUUCGAACAUUCUCUGGUUCACGCCACUGAACUCAUGAAAGACAGACACCUGGACCAGAUCCUGCUCUGCACCGUCUACAUCGUAGCCAAAAUCUUUAAGGAGACGCACACGUUCUACGACAUCAUGACGUGUUACCGCAGCCAACCACAGGCCAGCAGCCAUGUGUACCGCAGCGUCCUCCUGCGUCGCACUCCCAGACAGCAGGUGGCGGUAUCAGAUGAGAACAUGGAGGUUGACCCUGCGGCAGGAGCGGAAUCUGCCGAGGAGACGCGCGCCGACGGCGGCGAGGAGGAACGCGGCGACCUGAUCCAGUUUUACAACAACGUCUACGUGCUGAAGAUGAAAAGCUUCGCUACGAGAUACGCGCCGCACGACAACAGAUUGGACGCUCCGCCCGUGUCUCCGUUCCCGUCGGUGCGUUGUCACCCUCAAUCUCCUCGCCGAGUGUCGCAGCGUCAUUCGGUUUACGUGUCGCCGCACAAAGCUUCGGCGGGAGGACUGACGCCCAACUCCCUCACGUACCGCAUCAACAGCAGCCCCUCCAAGGAUCUGUGCGACAUCAACCGCAUGCUACGUCAGGGCUGCAACAGCCGCAAGAGAGCGCUGGGCAUGGAGGGCGAGCUGAUGAUGUCGUCGGCGUGCGACUCCCCCAGCAAGCGAGCGUGUCCCGAGAACAGCGGCGGCGGCCCCGACGUCUUGCUAAAGCGACUGCAGGAUGUCGUGUCAGAGAGACAAAGCCACUGACCGACUGUUGACAUAGAGCUCGUGUUAACUCCUUAAAAUAACUGUUGGUUGUACCGUUAACGCUAACACGAUCGACCAACUAAGUCAGUUAUUACCGGCCCAUCACUAACUCGGAUGACCCGUCACUGUGGAACUAACAUAACCAGUCACGGCAGCGCUAAUGUUAACUCCUUAACGGAACUGUUGGCACGGUAGCUUUAGCUCAAGAAGUGUAAAGACUAGUCCAGAGGUUCUCAAUUUUCGACUGGUCAAUCGCAAGGCAAUUUUGGUUGAUCGUGCGACUGUGCGUGUGUGUGUGUGUGUGUGUGUGUGUCCCCCCCAAAAAAGAAAAAAUAUAUAUAUCAGCAGCAGCUUGGGGGAGGUUGAUUGCUUGAAAAGUAGACCUUGGGGCAAAAAAAAAAAAAAAAAGUCAUUACCAAGCUAAUGCUGGGAGGUGACCAACGCUCGCACACUGACAGCUCCAACGUUAGGAUGCAAACAUGUUUGUAAAUAUGACCUGUUGGCAGUUAGCUAACUCCCCUGGCCGCUUGCUGUGGCGUCAAUGCUAGCAUGCUAAUGUGACUGACUGUUGCUGAGUUCAUGCUUGGGUUGCAAUCUUGCGAUAAUGGCCGCCAUUUCUGCAGACAAGCUAGGCGUUGCAGACGACAUCACCAUGGCAACGUCCGCAGACCGGCGGAUGUUUUCUGCCUUCUUUACGUCACUCGAUGACGUCGCCAAAGCUAGAUACGUACAGGAGAUCAAACUCUGUGGAGAUAUGUACUUUCAAGACUUCCCUGAAGUAGAAUAUCCGGACACUCGAAAUCCACAUGCUUCCCGCUGACAAAAUGAUCAGAAGAGACUUUCAAAUAAUCACUCGAGCUUCGUUCAGAUCCGCACGUCGUAUAUUUGCAAGCCACUUCUGUUGCCGUUUCUUCGAUAACUCCAUCGUAGCUUCUCCUUCAUGCAAUCUCAUCUUUGGAAGACGGAAAAAUCGCCUCCCGGUGUCUCCGUUUCCGCAAUUUCCACAUCCGUACUGCUGGUCUCCAACAAUGGCGGUCAAGUACCCGGAAGAAUGACCCGGCCAUGGUAGCGCACACGAGUUGCAGGUCAAUCUAAAUCGGGGGCUCACACCGCCAAAUGUGACCCGUCAUUGGGGGCACAACUCAAAACUCGGAGGUAACCGGUCUGGUUGCUGCGGAGAUACGCGAGCGCGCUGCCGUUUGCCAUUUGGUGGCUUGAAUGUGACGGAAUCACGAGACAAAAAAGAAAUGUACAUGUGUAUAUUUGUUGUUUCUUCCACUUGAGGAUGUGCUGCUUAGUUUUAUUUAUGACUGUGAGUCCGAAUAUUUGGAAAUUGUUUUGACGAGUUUUUCAUUUUGUUGUUGUUGUUGUGUCAGCUGUCAGUGUGUUCUCGUGUGCGUGUGUAGCAUCUACACACUUUUAGUGAGUGUAUGAUAUUUUUCCUUGCUCUUUCCCCCCCCCCCCCAUGUGUGAGUUUGUUGACUUAUGAAAUGAAAACCAUCAGAGAAAAGCAAAUGUAUUUGAAGUGAUUGUUUUGAAAUAUUCUCUAACCUGCACAUUAAAACUCGUGCUUGCUUCAACCAUCAUUGGGUUCAUUU